GGAGGGGCAUGGGAACCUGGCCACUGCGUUGUUGGUUCAAGCUUCCGCAGUUGGUUGCAACUUGGAAGUCGCUGGCGACCCCGCCUUCUGCAAGCAUCGAGAUGGGUUGCUGCAUGGCGUCCUACCGGUCGCAGGCCGCGGAGCCGCAAUUGCCCCCGGACAUGCCGGAGCUGGAGGAGGUCCCUGUGCCAGCGGAUGCGCAGGCACAGUGGGAGAGCGGCGGCGGCCUGGAGCUCGACCCCGUGCUCGGCAGUGGAGCGGUCGUCCUGAUGGACGCGGAGUGGAUGGCGAGGCGAGCGCGCACUGGCGGCGUCCUCGAGCCGCGCCAGGCGUUGCCGCCGACGGCCUUCAUGCCCCACGGCGCCGUCAAGGCCGCGACGCCUGAAGUUGAAGGGGGGUCGCUGCUGCGCAUCGCGUGCAUAUCACACUGCUGGCUGCAGGCGAACCACCCGGAUCCACGCGGGCACAACCUGCGCAUCUUGGGCCAGGCCCUGCAGAUGCUGUCGGGCUAUGGGAACAACGCGUUCAUGGGCCGCUGGGGUGUAUUCAUGGACUUCUGCUGCAUCCAUCAAAACUGUAGGGACCGCGAGGGCGUUCCCCAGCAGCGCACCUACCAGCGGCUCGAAGGUUCAGAUUCUUUCGAGGACGAUGCCCUCGGCCGCUUCGAGCUGGAGAAUGCGCUCUUCAAGGAGGCAUUGGGGAGCCUGGGGAGCUUCUACUCCCACCCCGCCACUGUCGUCUUCAUGCUGACGCGGUUUCCAGAUGAUUACGGCGAUGCUGCAAAGUACACCCGGUCGGGCAACACGGAGCAGUAUUUCAACCGUGGCUGGUGUUUCUGCGAGUCCUCUUGGGCGAUGCUGACGAAGCCGUAUAACCGGCUCGUGGAUCUCGGCCGAUCCACCGGAACGGAGACCGACUAUCAUGCGCUGAUGGCGACCUGCGCCGCGGGGCGCCGGGCGCCCCUCCUGCCCGACGCCUUCGACGUGCAGUUGCAGAGCAAGGGGUUCACCAACGGCAAGGACGACCGGCCCCGGGUCGCCGAGCUCUACCGCUCCGCCUUCGCGCAGCGCUUCGAGGCCGCGGAGGAGCUGGUCUACGACAGGCUGGAGUGGGGGGACGAGGCGGCGCAGCAGCUGGCCGCCGUGCUCGCCUCGGGCGCCACGCCCCAGCUGCGGGGGCUCUCCCUCUUCGGCAACUGCGUGGGCGACGAGGGCGCCGCGCGGCUGGCGGAGGCCCUGCGCGCCCCGGGCGCGCUGCCCCAGCUGCGGGAGCUCGACCUCACCGGCAACCGCGUGGGCGACGAGGGCGCCGCGCGGCUGGCGGAGGCCCUGCGCGCCCCGGGCGCGCUGCCCCAGCUGCGGGUGCUCUACCUCGGCAACAACCCGCUCGGCGGGCCGGGCCAGGCGGCGCUGCGCGCCGCGUGUGCGGAGGCUGGGCGCCCGGAGGGCGGCCUGAAAUUUUGACUACCGGCGCGCGGCCGUCCGAGGCGCGCGGCGCG